AUGCUUGUUUUAUCAUUUCCACAACUGGAGCAUGACGGUUUCUGCCAGAAUCCCUUCUUUGAGUGCCUUGUUGCAGAAGUUCCUGAGGAGAGUAAAUCUAAAGAAGGAUUCACAGUGGUCGGAUAUUCUUUCUUCUUUUACACGUAUAGUUCUCGUAAAGGACGAUCUGUAUAUUUGGAGGACCUUUAUGUGAUGCAGGAAUUCAGAGGAAAUGGCAUCGGCCGGGGUUUACUGAGCAAAGUGGCAGAGGUUGCAAAGAAGAAGCAGUGUGCACAGCUGCAGCUGUCUGUGUUUAACUGGAACACCCCUGCUCGGGACUUCUAUGCUGCUAAAGGAGCUCAGGAUCUCACUGUCACUGAAGGCAGGCACUUCAUACGUUUUGAUGGACAAAACUUGGACAAUUUAGCAAAUGAAGCGCCAAAAGAUUGA